AUGGUGAGAGGAUUACCAGAGGAUAUGGAACAGCCACUGUCUUGGGCGGAAAGCGGGCAGUCGAUCCUCAAGCUGAACAUCCGCCAUCUGUGGUUCUGUGGUGCGUGGCCACUCCCUGGUUCCUGGAUGUUUAACAUGUACGGCGCUUUCAUCCUCGUACUGGGCAUCUGGAACGCAGUAGAGAGUUUACUGUCCCUCUACUUUUGCUGGGGAGACAUGGAUGAGAUGACGAUGGUGUUCAUUAGCACCUUCACCAAUGCCUGCGGCACCGCCAAAAUGGUCUUUUUCAUGCCCAAUCGGCGACAUUACUAUGCGCUGGCUCGACAUGUGGAGAAGCUGGUGUCCAUGCAAAGUGAAUUCUGUUCGGCAGACCCUGUCUUGGCUGACAUUUGGAAGGGCUCACAAAGGCGUGCCUGCCGCCUCACCUUAGGAUUGCUGUUCUUAAUGUUCUCGCAGUACCCUGUGUGGUACCCCAUGCCGAUCAUUGCGCAACCAGAAGACCGGCGGCUGCCAUUCGCUCAACACGGGUGGGACAACAAUACCAACUACUACGAGCUAUCGUACGUCGUACAGUGCGCGCUAGCGACGUUCGCAACCCAGAUCAGCAACGGCGUGGACUUACUCUUCGCUACCGUCAUGAUCCUGACGGCUGCGCAGAUGCAGAUUCUUACACUGCGCAUUGCCAGUCUGAAACUGGAAUACACUGAAGUGAAACUAGAAAAAGGGCCCAGUGUCAUGGCCUAUCAGACGGAGAAUACUUGCGAUGAUAAAAUGUACGAAAAAUUGUGUCAGUGCAUUGGAAAUCACCAGAAAAUCCUCAGGUUCGUCAAACAGUUAGAGAAGACAAUGAGCUCAAUUGCAAUUAUGCAAUUCUGCUUCAGCGUUCUCAGCAUAUGUGUGACAUUAUUUCAAGCAACAUAUCCCUACAGAAAGAAGGACAUUUCAGCAGGUGCUUUUUACCCACAGGCGGAGGCGGUGACGCUGGCAGCGUACAGCUGUUCAUGGCUGCAGGCGAGCCCACGUUUCAAGCGCGCCCUGAGAAUUCUCAUGUGUCGCGCUCAGAAGCCGCUGGUUCUCACCGCUGCGCACCUCUACCCCAUGAGCAGGGAAGCAUUCGUCUCGAUGAGAGCACAUGAUUGCAACAUCGACGUGGCCCAGCAACAACUUGUUUCUUAA